AUGGGGGAGGCCGCACAUUUUAGAUCAUUUACCGAACGCAGCGUCAGUCGCAAGGAAGAGGUCCUGCAUGCUCAGGCUGAUCCCCUGGACCUGGGCUGUCCACACAGUAACCUGAGCACCAGACCUGCUGCUGACCCCAGGGCCACUCUCACGGUCAGUCACCAGCUCUCCUCACCCCCUUCUCCUCCUACAGGACUCCCCUCUCCCGUGGCGCCCAUGGGUGGAGCCCCUGUCAUGACGUCAGCGCGGUCCCACCCCUUCCCCGCUCUAUAA